AUGUGGACAGGUGCACGCCCCUCUGCCCAGCUUGGCUUUGUGCUUGGGUUGAUUUGCUAUGGGCUUGCACACAGAGAGAUUUGUUCGCAGUUGGGGUUCAAGGUCACAGUUGCUGCACACAUGGCACAACUCUCUUUCCUGUCAUGCUGUGCCGAGUGGGAGAAGCAUCGAGUAUUGAGAAAGCGCGCGCGAUCGCGAAGUAUGCUGGUCAUAGACUGCAAGAACCGGAACUACAUUUCCCCGACCCUCACGAACAUGAAAUUGAAUCAUGUGGUUCUCAAGCCUUUCACAGAGGCUAUGGCCAAGUUCGGGAGAAUCUCCAAACCUAUUGCAUUGAUCAAAGAAGCGGUCCGUGAAUUCUACGAUUCGGAGUCACAGCCGGUGGAAGAGAAGCCUGAGACCAUGGAUAUGAAGCUUCGUAAAGAAAAGAAUAUCGUGAGAACAGCAGAGGCAAUCAAGGCUAUGUUGACUAUGAUCAAACGAAAGUGGUGUGACUCGAUCACAAGCUCCGUUGGAGCCGACGAUUCCGGGGACAGCAUGGGCGACGACUCGUCGCUCCGAGAGAGCCUGCAAGGUGCCCUCUCGAGUCGCAGUGCCAACUCGCCAUUGGAGACGUUCUUGAAAGCCCCACCGCAACGCGAGUUGGAGAAACUCUUAGGUUUUUCCCUGGAUCCUGCAACAUACAAGCGUAUCUUGCGGCAACCAGAUGGUGAGAAAGGGAAGCAUCCAGAACCCCCGAUGGAAAGGGAAGCCCUGGCUCCAGCGGAAGAUCCGAAUUCGGAUGCACAGGCCACACUUGACAUGCUGAACCUGAUCGAUGCGGAGGAUCCGGUCGAAUCGGCCGCGCCGGUCGAGCCCGCUCCGAUCGAGCCGGCUGGGCCUGCAGAGCCUACAGCCGUAGCCGCACCUGUAGCCGAGAUGCAAACACGCACUCCCGAGAAGCCCCCGGCUCCGAUUGGACCCCCGUUGUCCCCUGGAAGCCCUGUCGAGAUUGUUCACUUCAAGCCAGCGCCGCCCGUCGGUGAUACCCCGACACCUUCUACAGGAUUGGCUGCCCAGCUUUCAUCGAUGGACCCGAACAAGUUGCGUCAGCUGUUGGCUAUCGUCAACCAGUUGCAAGCUUCGGGCAAGAAGGUGUUCGAACCUAAAGAGGAUGAUGUUGCACGGCGCAAGCUGAACUUUGACACCUCUGACGGUGAGGGAUCAGUGGCGUCGACAUCAGUCGACAGCACAAGCAAGGGUUCAGCUCCCGACUGCGUGGAGACGCAGCUGUGGGAUGUUCAGCCCGAAGAUUAUUUGAACGCAUGGCUUGAUUCUGCACGUGCUGAGCAUGCACGUCGGGGAGAAGAGUCCAUAGAAUCGAAGAAGACAGAAGAUCGAGAGAGGGAGGCAUUAAAGACUCGGAGGCAAGCAGCAAAAGCUGCAGAGAGGGAGGCAUCAGAAACUGCAGAGAAGGAGGCAUCAAAAGCUGCAGAGAAGGAGGCAUCAAAAGCUGCAGAGAAGGAGGCACUAGAAUCUAGCAUGGCGGUUGCUCGGAUCACGAAGCGGGCUGCUGCACUGGUGGUGACGCGUCAGGACCAGCUCGGUUUGACGGCCAGGAAGAAGGACAAGCCUGCCAAGCCGGCCACCAAGAAUGACCCUGCUGACAAGGAAGCCAAGGAGAUUAGGGAUCGAGUCGAGGCUCCAAAGCGAGGGCCCGGUCGGCCCAAAUCAAAGGCCAAGCCAGCAGCCUCGGGUUCCAAGGACACGGUGCCGAAGUCUAAGGCCAAGGCCAAGGGCAAGAGUGGUGGCUGUGAUUCGGAGGCCGAGAAAAAGGGUGGCAAGCCGAAGCCGGGGAGUUUCAAGCGAAAGCUGAGCAAGCGCUGCCUUCUGAGCAAACACAAGAAGUCGAAGAAGGGCAGCAGCAAGGUGGAUCCUGUGGACAACGCGACGGUCUACUACGGCGAGGGCACACUCCGAGGGGACGGAUUCAUUGCCGGUGCGGUGGAUAGGGAGCGGCCUCUUUUGGAACGGACGCCGGAAUGGACGUCGGAGGAAUGGGCCGCAUGGCAAGCUGAGCAAGCUAAGGCUGCUCCGAGGCUUGUUCGGCAGAAGCGCAAGCGCACGACGGACGCGGAGCCGAAGCCGAAGCCCGACGAAGAGCUCGACACCAAGGAGCCCCACGAGGACGCGGAGCAGGAGGAUGCCAUCAUCUUCGCGCGCAGGUACUGCCCAGCACGACCGUGGUACAAGGCCAAGUUUCUGGGCAUCAAGGAGGCCUACGAUUCCCGAAUCCGAGCAUUCGUGAAAGCCCCUGGCAAAAUGGAGGACAUCUUCUGGAAGUAUGUGGCCCAGGCGACAAAGGAGCAGCAGGUUGAAGAUGAACAAGAUUGGUUCGGCGUGGCUUCGAAGCUUACUUGGCCUUUCUUGCUGGAUGACAGUGUGAGCAAGAACUGGACCGAACAGGGGGAGAAGCUCUUUGGUGGGGGCAAAAAGCCCACACGCAAGCAGUACGAUGCCGCGAUUAAGAAGUGCAGAGCUGACUGA